UCUGUUGCCGGCAUCUUCGCCGAGGCGCCCUCCUCCGCCCACGAUGUCACUCUCACCUCUGUUACCAUCACAUCCACUGCAACCACCCUCCUCACAAUGACCUCCGCCACAGCCCAGGUCGAGACCACCGCCACCGCUGCUGUUGCUGCUGCUUCUCAGGUCAGAUCCCUUGGCCAGGCUAAUUCCGCCUGCACCGACGCCACCGACGGUCAGGUAAUCUGCAACGGCGAGGCACAGUACAGCUUGUGCAACAGCGGCAACGUCGUCUUCCAGGAUGUCCCUGCCGGCAUGGCUUGCAAGGACGGGAAGGUUGUUGGUGUAUAG